UAUUAUAAACACUGUUUUCAAUGGAUUCAACGCUUUCUAGCGAAGAGUUUCAACGAUUGCAGACACAGUUAUUAGAGUUAAAGACAGACAACUACUCGUUGGCCGAAGAGAAACGAAGGGAUCAAUCGGUGAUCGACGGACUCAGACAACGGGUCGAGACGUUGGAGAAGCAGUUAUCCAGAGCUCAGACGGUCAACAAAAUCAAUCCGUUAUCUUUGGCCCGAAAUAUCGCCAAUAAAGUGGACCAUAAGCUCCGGUCGGGCGCCGACACCAGUAGUGACCACUUGAUCGCCGAGAAUGAGCUAUUGAUUCGACGAAUUGAGUCACAGGAACAGGAGUUUCGUGUGACCAACAAUACACUCAAAGAGGAGAUCCAUUCUUUGGUCGCCACUAACCAAUCACUGGAGGAUCAGUUGAGAGGCAUUGGCGCGAAUCCGCCGAUUGAAUGCGAUUUAGGACGGAGUGGUGAUAAUAGCGACGCCAACAACUCCGGCGGAUUGGGAGACAGCGGUGGAGACCCGAUGGCCGCCAAUCACUUGUCGUUCGCCAUUUUGGCCGAAAAGGAGAAGUUAGAGCUGAAGGUAUACGACCUCCAGGAAGAGGUGAAGAAUAUGCAAAAGGAGAACCAAUCGAUGGUAACGCAAGUGGAAGAACUUCGAAGCCGUUGUCGAGACACUGAAAAACUACGACAAGAAUUGAGCGAUUCUUCGGAUAUGAUUGAGAGACAGAACAGUCUUAUCGAAGAAAUGAGAGGACAUAAGAUGGAAAUGGAGCUCAAAUUUAAGGCCGAUUGCGAGAAACUCCGGUCCGAACACCAGCUGAAAGUGGACGGACACGAGUCUCGGCUCAGGUGCAGCGGUGAGACGAAUGACGCGCUCAGCGAUCGAAUCCGCGAACUAACGGAUCAAUUGAAGGAAAUGGAAAUAAUAGACAAACAAAACGACAAAUUGAUUAACGAAUUGGAGUCCUAUAAAGAAGAGCUCAGUUUCUGUCGGACACAAAGCGAAGACACUGUCGAACGUCUCAAUAGA